CGGUACUAAACUGGGCCGACACAACUCUACACAAUCAAUCCAUAAACAACAAAAAAUUUUGUGUAUAAACUUAAGCCAGACGCAGAAGUAAAUAAAAACAAUAAAUGCAAAAUUCUUAACAUUGGUCAAUUACAAAUUUGUAGCUUCCACUGGAUUAUGGGAUAUUAGCGUCCUGUACUUCGUAUCUUUACUUCUUGAUUAUAGUGUAGAAAGCAAAACCAACAACGCAUUUAAUCAAUGUUCUCCAACGGGCUGCCGUGCAACCUGUCGUUUCCGAGCUGCCUAAGUGUACCAAAAGAUGGUAAUGAGGAGCUCUUGCCAUCCAAUAUGGGCACAAGAGAACCUGUUAUUCUUAACGUAUAUGACAUGUACUGGAUUAAUGAAUAUACCACAUCAAUUGGUCUUGGCGUAUUUCAUUCCGGCGUAGAAGCAUUUGGCACCGAGUUUGCAUACGGUGGCCAUCCGUUUCCUUUUACUGGUGUCUUCGAAAUCACACCGCGUGACCACGACGAACUGGGCGAACAAUUCCAAUUCCGACAGAGCAUUCAAAUUGGCUGUACCGACUUUACAUAUGAGGAAGUGCGUCGACUUGUUGAGGAAUUGGGCAAUCAAUUUCGCGGAGAUCGUUAUCAUCUUAUGAACAAUAAUUGUAAUCACUUUUCGGGCAACUUGACACAGAUACUUUGCGGCCAAGAGAUACCCAGCUGGGUGAACCGUCUAGCACAUUUCAGCUCCUGUGUGCCAUUUUUACAAAGAUGCCUACCGAAAGAGUGGCUUACGCCGAAUGCCUUGCAGCAAAGCAUUACAACAAUCCAAGAGCGUGAAGACUCGGACAAUAGUCCCCUUUGAGACAUUACCUGAUCUAAAAUAUAUUCAUAUAACUUGCAAAGUCCCAAGCGAGCAUAACAACUCAUCCCUGCUGUCGAAAGACCAACAAUAUUGUUAAGUUAAAUUGAGAAGAGCCGGGUUAUCGACACUCAUUUCAUUAAAGCCAAGAACGAAUGAAAGAAAGAAAGCAAAAACAUUUUCAAAUUGAAUGCAAAAUCAUAAAUAAUGUUAAUAGUUUUAUAUUAGGCUACAUGGAAAGCGAAUAAAUUAUUGGCUGACUUGUAACACGUAAUUCGACUAUUCAGAAUUAAGAUAUUAUUAAGUGGCCGAUAAGUGUACGUAAUCAGAAGGCAGCAACAGCCGUGCCCAGACAACAGCUGCAACAUCAUUUAUAGAAUUUUCAAUUAAUGAUUAAACAUCGAGAAACCAUUUUUAAGAAAUUGCUAAACAAAA